UCGAUAGAUUCUGGAAGCUCUCAGAACUUUUUGGAUUCGAAAAAAAGCGAAUCCGCAAAAGAGAGAGCGAGGAAACAGCAAGUGUCCUAGGACCCCCGUUCAACUGACAAUUGCUGAUUGUUAUAUGAGUCAAAGCCCUUUCGAGCUGCAGGUCACCAAUUUAGUUGCCGUCGUCACGUCUCUCACGCGAAAAGUGUGAUCCCCUUCACGAGCAUCACUAGCUAGCUGGCCUUCUAUCUAGAAUUAACCCCAAGCCAUCAACCACUUCACCCAAGGCACCUAAGCAAGCAAGGGACCUGAGCUGAGGAUCUGAUCACAAGCAUCUACGAUCUGCAUUCAACAAAUCGUCAACUUUAACAACCUCCCAUCUUCCAACCCACUUCCAAUGGCGCUCAAGUGUGUCCAUCAAGGUUGCGGCAAGACGUACGCCGAGGGAGAAGAGGAUGGAUGCAACUACCACCCUGGUCCUCCCAUCUUCCACGAGGGGCAGAAAGGCUGGAAGUGCUGCAAACCGCGCGUCUUGACCUUUGAGGAGUUCAUGUCCAUCACCCCCUGCACCCAAGGGCGCCACUCCACCACGGACCUACCCCCAAAGAUUGAGAAGAAGGAAGCCCCCGCAGACGCGCCCACGCCCACCGCCGCUGCCACCCAACCGCCGGCCGUGCCCCGCGUCCCUGUCGCCUCCGCCACGGCGACCCCACCGACGGAGGCACCCGCACCGCCGCCCGAGUCGGAGGACGACGACCCGGCACUUGAGAUCCCGGACGGCAAGACUUGCAGGCGGAAGACCUGCGGCGCAACUUACAAGAAGGGGGCCGCGAGGGAAGGGGAGCAGUGCGUCCACCACCCGGGUGUGCCCAUAUUCCACGAGGGCAGCAAGGGUUACAGCUGCUGCAAGCGGCGUGUGCUUGAGUUUGAUCAGUUCAUGAAGAUCGAGGGAUGCGCCACCAAGGGUAGGCACCUGUUCAUCGGCAGCGGCGGCAAGAAGAAGGGGGCCGGCGCCAAUGGUGCGGGGGAUGGUGAGCAGUUGUUGGAAUCGGUCAGGCACGACUACUACCAAACUGCAACUACCGUUAUCGCGUCCUUCUUCCUCAAGAAGAUCGACAAGGACCGAGCAAAGGUCAUAUUCAACGCACAGUCCAUCACCCUGGACCUGCCAACCGCAGACGCCACGCGCUACCGGACAGAGGUGCCUCUCUUCGCAGCCGUGGACCCGGAAAAGUCGUCGUACAAAAUUUUGGGCACCAAGCUCGAGGUGAACCUGGCCAAGGCGGAUGUCGCGUCUUGGCCGGUGCUCAGAAGCGACGAGAGGCACACGGGCGAGAUACUACAGGUCGGCAGGGCGGGGAGUGUUGCCCGGUGAAUUUUCUUUGAGGCUGGGCUGGUAGGGUGGCGCUUGGAGAAGGGGCAGCAGAAAGAAAAUUUCUCGGCCGGGUGCGUGAAAAAAAAAAACAAGCCAUUGACCUCGCGCCAAGCCGUUGAGGCGGCAGAAGUUGCAUUGCCGGCACCGAAGGACGGAGCGCUAAAUAACGGCCUAAGCGAAACGGCGACUAGUCGCCAAGAGCCUUUUUUUUCUUAAGUGGCCAAAAACCUGAUUGAGGGGUGACUAAACAUAAAAAAAGAGCGGAAGAAGAAUUGAUACCAAGAUUUCAACCUGCCAGCAUGCUGGUCUAUAGUACAAAGGCAUAUAACCCUUCCAAGACCCUAACCAAGGGAGAGUAUCUUAUCUUGAUGAUCACAGCACAGCGCGUGGCGCGACCAGGGGGAAUAAAAUGUUCCACCAGGUAGCUCUCAACACGAGAGAGCAUAGUGUUGAGAAGGGGGGUACGAGUUGGUACUGCAGUCCAUCGCUGCCCAAUUGCUAGUCCAGAUUGGUUUUAGAUCGCCUCGGUCCAUUACAUUAACCCAUUUGGAUCCAAGUUGCCCAAGCCAUCUACUGUGACGUGGCUCGUCCCGAUCCUGGACAUGACCCUGAAAAACGCCAAGCCGUUGUUCUCUCUUUUCUCUCUUUCUCUAGAACUAGUCUAGUAGUAUCUAUCCUGUUUUGUCUUUAUAAUUUGUUCCUAUUUCUAGUCUUGUCACGAUUCUUGGCAGUUAAACUCUACCCGUGUCUGAGCUAAGACAACUUUACUCCCCCUCCUUCCAGCUGACUAGAGGGAGGGGGCGCAAGAUUUGACAAAUGUCUUGGGGGUUGUCGUGUGAGUAGAGAUGGAAAAAAAAAGCAUGGCACACCGCCGUGUCGGACAAGUGGCGGACGGGAUUCGGUAAUUUGAUAGGCUUGGCGUGGUCAUCAUGGGAGAGAGUGUGAGAGAGAAAAAAACGCCUUUGGAGAAGAGAAGAAGAAGGUUUCUUACCGACGAGGCGGAACAGAUGGUCAAAAAGAUGGGACGGGAUAGGUAGGUAGGUACCUUGCCUACGGAUAAAAAAAUGGUGGGAGCGGGAAGGGAAAGAAAGAAAGCCACCGAAAAAGGAACACAUCACGAGACUUGCGACCUGGGAAGGGGAGAGACGGGGGGGACGAGGCGUCGCUUACAAGACUUGGCGUGGGUGACACUUGCGUACACCCAGAAAACAUGAAUGAUGACUUUUGCUUUGUUAUAGAAAGGUUCUUUGUUCUUGGAUUGUUUCCUCCCCCUUGUCUAGUCAUAUGUAGUCAUUGCUUUUCGACUUUGCACUGCCCCGUGGCCCCCCAGUCCCGGGGAAGACUGCCGUCCAUGUAAAAAAGAUAAGAUUAUUUUUUGUUUUCUGAUACUAGACCUAUAAAG